AUGGGGCCAGUCGCCUACUUCAGCCUCUGCCUCCUCGGCUGCCUGAUCUAUAACCCCUCACUUGCAGGGGCACAGGCUAGGCCCUGUCCCAGGGGCUGGUUCUCCUUCCAAGACGACUGCUAUGGAUACUUCCCCGAAAAGCUGAGCUGGGAGAGGGCUAAGGCUCGGUGUCAGAGCUUCGGCAGCGGGGCCCAUCUCGCCGCCAUUCACAGCGAGGAGGAGCAUGAUGCAGUCGCUGGUUUCAUCGCCCGCUCUCAGCGCCGUGACGACGACGAUGUCUGGAUCGGACUCCACAUCCCCGUCCAGGUUUCAUGA